AUGGUAGAAGACGUGCAGCACCUGCAGCAGGUGGGGGGAGCACGGGGACAGCUGAAGCCCCGCGUAGAUGGAGAGUCUCUGAAGAUAGCGGAGACAGUACUGAAGAGGAGACAGCAGGAUGAGUUCGCCCGAAAAGAGCGUGCACAGGCAAUAGCUGAGGCCAAGAAAGUAAGCAUACACAACCAGCUGCAGCACCAGCAGCAGCAGCAGCAGGAACAGCAGCAGCAGCAGCAGCAGGAACAGCAGCAGCAGCAGCAGGAGCAGCAGCAGCAACAGCACGAACAGCAGCAGAAGAUGUAG